CAGCCCUGAACCCUUUAUCAGUGAUGUUUUCCCUUUGCACGGAGUUCGACUCCGUAUAAGGCAAGCCGCUCAUCCUGCGGUGAGCAUCCCACGCCGAUGUCCAUGAAAGCAGCUCUGAGAUGCAAGUAAAAACGUUCAAGGCAGCCCGGACCGUCUUCGUGUGCUGCUUCACUUUCGCGGUUCUAUGGCAGCUCUGCCUGAGCCAUUUCCAACCCUCGUUCCAGUUCAUCCCUCUUGGUGGCUAUACCUCGGCUCCCCAGAUCGACUGGUCCCGAUUCGCCUACACCCAAUAUGCCACCAACAGAGCGUACCUCUGCAACUCGGUGAUGUUGUUUGAGACCUUGCAUCGCCUAGGCAGUCGAGCCGAUCGCCUGCUGAUGUAUCCAUCGGACUUCUCCACCGACGACAACUCCAGGGUUGCGAAGUUGCUCCGCAAGGCCCGCGAUGAGUAUAGGGUCAAGCUGGUCCCGGUCGAGCUUCAGCACCGGAAGGGCGUCGACAAGACCUGGGCAGACAGCUACACCAAACUACUAGCUUUCAACCAAACCCAGUACGAUCGCGUCUUGAGUCUGGACUCCGACUCGACUCUUCUCCAGUCUUUGGAUGAACUAUUCCUGCUCCCGCCAUCGCCCGUGGUCCUCCCCCGGGCCUACUGGCUCAGUCCCGCGAGCCGGACGAUGAGCACUCUAAUCGCAUUAAUCGAGCCCUCUGCGUCCGAGUUCGCCCGCAUCCAACGAGCGAUCGCCGACGCCGGGCCGAACGAAUUCGACAUGGAGAUCGUCAACAAGCUGUACCAGGGCCGCGCGGGGGAUCUCCCCCACCGACCUUAUUACCUCCUCACCGGCGAGUUUCGUGCCAAAGACCAUACCGCCUAUCUCGGCGAUUCGCAGGACUCCUGGGACCCGGUCGAGGUCUUCAAUCAGACAAAGUUCCUGCAUUUCUCCGACUGGCCUCUUCCCAAGCCGUGGUUCCGAGCCAACACAAGUAUCAUUGAAGCGAAUCAGCCGACGUGUGAUCUGGACCCCCAAACGGGUAUCCGUGAUGACUGUCGCGCGCGAGAUAUCUGGCGCAGCAUCUAUGAUGAUUUUGCCUUGAGACGACAGCUCCUUUUCUUCGUCAUAGGCCUCGCUCAUGCCAUUGGCAUUGCUCGCAAUUCCUACCCCCCGACCGGGGGUGGCACAAAGCGCCUGACUUUCAAUGAGACCGUCGUGCGAAAGGCAAUUUCGCCGUCGCAAAUAUCAGUGGAAUGGAUUUCCACAGCAGAUGAUGGGCAGUAUGUCUACCAAGAUGAAGACGGUGGUCUGAAGAUCAACAAUAUUGUUACCAACCAAACGCAGACCCUCGUUGCAGCCGACCACGUCCCGCCAGAGGUGUACAGCUACCAAGUCAAGCCCGAUCUCUCGGCAGUCCUCUGGGAAACCAACCAUACUAAGAAAUACCGACAUUCAUCGCUAGCAGAUUACUACAUUCAAGACGUCCUGUCGUUGCAGCUUAGCCCUCUCGUUCCAGACCAGAACGGUGACAUUCAGUAUGCCCAAUGGAGCCCGGUGGGCGACACGAUCGCAUUUGUCCGGGGAAACAACCUGUUCACCUGGAUUGACGGGGUCGCUGCAGCGAUCACCACGGACGGCGGGCCUGAUAUCUUCCAUGGUGUGCCGGACUGGGUUUACGAGGAGGAGAUCUUGGGGGACCGGUUUGCACUAUGGUUCUCUCCCGAUGGGGAGUAUCUCUCCUUCCUGAGUUUCAAUGAGACAGGCGUGCCGACCUACACGGUGCCAUACUACAUGGAUAACCAGGCGAUGGCGCCGCCGUAUCCAGUCGAGAUGCCGAUCCGAUACCCGAAGGUAUCGCAGACCAAUCCCACGGUGCAAUUGAACCUUCUCCGCGUGUCUGAGAACCGCGCUCUAACCGUCCCGAUCGAUCCUUUCGAGUCAGAUGAUUUGAUCAUCGGUGAAGUCUCCUGGCUCACUGAUACUCACACCACGCUAGCCGUCAAGACAUUCAACCGCGUUCAGGAUCGUCAGGCAGUUGUGGCGGUUGACACUGCUUCAGGGCUGGCGAGAACCAUCCACGAGCGCGACGGCACAGAUGGAUGGAUAGACAACACUCUUUCGAUAAACUAUAUCGGAGCGAUCGACGACAGCUCCGCUUUAUACUACCUCGAUAUCUCCGACCGGUCGGGAUGGUCCCAUCUGUGGCUCUUCCCUCUGUCGGGUGGCGAGCCGACCGCUCUCACCAGCGGCGAAUGGGAGGUGACUUCGAUUCUCAGUGUCGACAGAACCAGACAGCUCAUCUACUACCUCUCCACCCAACGGCACAGCACCGAGCGGCAUAUUUACUCAGUAUCCUACCGCACGUUCAAACCCACACCCCUUGUUGAUGACUCCUUGCCCGCGUACUGGUCGGCAUCGUUCUCCGCGCAUUCGGGAUACUACGUUCUCACCUACAAUGGCCCCGAUGUUCCGUAUCAGGAGCUCUACUCCGUCGACCAAAGCGAUCCUCUGCGCACAAUCACCGACAACGCUAAGACCGUUACUCAACUCCAGGACUAUGCACUCCCCAACAUCAGCUACUUCGAACUACCCCUCCCCCAUAGCCCCACAAACGAAACCCUCAACGUCAUGCAACGACUGCCGGUGAAUUUUGAUCCGACCAAGAAAUACCCCAUCCUAUUCACCCCCUACGGCGGCCCCGGCGCGCAGCAGGUCAGCAAAACAUGGCAGUCCCUGGGUUUCAACGCCUACAUCGCCUCCGACCUGGAGCUCGAAUACAUCACUUGGACUGUCGACAACCGGGGGACAGGUUACAAGGGUCGUGCAUUCCGCACACAGGUCUCCAAGCGCUUGGGACUUCUGGAAGCGGCGGACCAGAUCUACGCCGCCCAGCAGGCCGCCGCGCUGCCCUACGUCGACGAGGACCACAUCGCGAUCUGGGGGUGGAGUUUCGGCGGCUACCUCACAGCCAAGGUCAUCGAACAGGAUGACGACGGCGAUGGCAUCUUCUCGCUGGGACUGAUCACGGCGCCGGUGGCGGACUGGCGGUUCUACGACUCGAUGUACACGGAGCGAUACAUGAAGACGCUGGCGGAGAACGCGGGGGGCUAUGCGGCCAGCGCGGUGCGGCGGACGGCCGGGUUCCGGAGCGCCCGCGGCGGGGUCCUCAUCCAGCACGGCACGGGGGACGACAACGUACACUUUCAGAAUUCGGCGGCUCUGCUGGAUCUGUUGGUCGGCGAUGGGGUGUCCCCGGAGAAGGUGCAGGUGCAGUGGUUUACGGACUCGGAUCAUAAUAUCAAUUAUCAUGGGGGGAAUGUGUUUCUGUACAAGCAGUUGGCGGGGCGGUUGUUUGCGGAGAAGAUGCGGGGGGAGGAGGGGCUGAGGCAUGGUUGGAGUCGGAGGGGGGUCGCGGUGUAG